GUCUGGAAUGCUGGCUGUCACUCGGCUCAGGCUAUUUCUGCUGUCUGUCGCUAGUGCUUGGUAGUGCUAAGGGUCUGACAUACAUGGAUCCUUUUUUGUUUUUCCUCCUCACCCUUCCUCUCUUUUACCUUCACUGUGCCUUCACAGUGUAAAUUUGACAGCUCAUUUGUGGUGGCUGUUUAGUUUUUGUGACUUCUUUCCUCCAUAGAUUUUACUGUGGGAAGAAACGUUGUGGAAAGGACUCGGACAGGGUGGGAGGGGGUGGGCAAGAGAGAGAGUGGAAGAAAAAAGGGGUUCAGUCAUCAGCCAAAGGAGAGAAGUAGGCGACACUAAGAGACAGAGACUGAAGCCAGAGGAAAGAAGAGGAACCAAAGAGCCAGUCAGUGAGUAAAGAAAAGGGAAUAGGAGCUGUGGGACGUGAGGUGAAAAUGGCACAACGUCUGCGUUUGUACUUUGGCUCAGGUCGCAGUAACACAGCCCCGGAGAUAUUGGAAGGAGACUCUGAGGAGCAGCAGGGAGACAAUGACGUGGUCACAGCGUUCAACUUGCAGCCACCUACGGCUUUGAGGCCUUCUCAGGAGCAAACUGCACAGCGCAUCCCACCAAGGGCUUUUAAUUUGCACCGAGAGCCUUUGCUUAAACGCAGCUCCUCCAUGUUUAUACCCCAGCUUGCUGCCUACCAAGACCCACGUCCCACUAAGAGCUCCUCCAUGCACAUCUCGCUUCAGCGUUCUAAUGGAUCAAGUAAUGGAGAUUCCAUUGGCUAUGCUGAUGAUGUCCUACCACCUUGUUAUAGCCCCCCUGGACCUGCGCCUGCCUACACAGAACCACAGAGCCAUACAGAUGUUCCACAACAGCCGCCACCACCUUACUGCAGUACAGAUCCUUUAAACUUACCCAAACGCAGAGUCUUCAGUAUUGGUACAAAUGGCAGUACAAUGUAUAGCAAAGGACAACCAGGUAUCAAUGUUGGUGGAAUUUGCAUUCAGAGGAACUCUUCUGAUGGUUCUGAUAUCAAGCAUUUUAGAAUCCUUCCUUAUGCUGGCUGGGCUGUCCAGCAACAGAGCUUGGACAAUUGCUCAGGUGUAAAGGGUGGAACUCAGAGACUUGUGCUUCAGCUCCAGCAAAAUCAGGACCAGGAUCAGAGCCAAGGCAGGCCACACGCUGUUUCAUCACAGGAAAAAUGCACAAAUGUUGGCUUUGCCAGCUCAAGAGGCAACUGCAUUGUGCGUUACCCCCGAAUUCGGCUGGAGAGUAGCUCAUCUCAUCAGAGGCUGCUGCUGGAUAAUCUACGUCAAAAAAGUGUCCCAGAGAGCCCAGAUAGAGAGGAGACCCAAACAGACAUUGAGACACAUAAGUUGGAAGCAAGAAACCAUUCCGAUGGUUGUACUUUCGAAAUCAGUGGGGAAACUCCUAGAAGGCAGCCUCAUUUCAAGAUAUAUUUUACUUCAGGUGGAGGUGGUGAUCAGGAUGUGAACCAUGGCAAUGAUUCAACAGGGAAUAAUCCCAAGACCAGAGAUGAUUUCCUGGGUCAGGUUGAUGUUCCACUCAGUCAUCUGCCGACAGAGGACCCGGCUAUGGAACGUCCUUACACAUUCAAAGACUUCCUCUUGCGGCCAAGAAGUCACAAGUCCAGGGUGAAGGGUUACCUGCGUCUGAAGAUGGCCUAUCUCCCCAAACAAGGAGGACAUGAGGAGGAGGGUGGAGAAAUAAGGGAGGAAGCUGAGGGUUGGGAUGAGUCUGCAGACUCAGGCUCCCAGAGACCACAGCAGCUAUUGCCCCCAUUGCCUCCGGGCUGGGAAGAGAAGGUGGACAACCUGGGACGUACCUACUAUGUCAACCACAACAAACGCAGUACACAGUGGAAACGGCCCUCCAACAUGGAUGUGAUUUCCGAGACAGAGAGUGACAAUCAGCAGCGGCAGAUCAAUCAGGAAGCACACCGUGUUUUCCGAUCGAGACGCCAUAUCAGCGAAGACCUAGAGAAUGAGCACCUGGAACCCAGGGACAUGGACAAUUCCUGGGAGCUCAUCACAGAAGAAGAGCCGAAUGACAGCUCAUCUCUGUCUCUUCCCGGCCCCUCCUCCAUCUUGACACCACUGCCCCCAUUGACACCUGUCGCCCAAGAGUUUGCGGAAGAUUUGAAUCUUAGGCUGUCGCUCACUUCUGAUACGAAUGGCGAAGUGGCAGGGCCGAGCUCUGCUCUGAGCCAACUGUCAAACAGACUCCGUUCCUCUAGUAUGACAGAUGGCGUCAGUGAUCAGGCCCAAGCUCCUCCUCUUACGCAGAAUUCCCAAUCCAGAAGGACAAGAGCUCAAACAGUCUCAGGUGGUGAAGAGUCUAUGUCUCCCUCGUCGACUGCUUACACCUUGACCACCCCUGGGCUGCCCCCUGGAUGGGAGGAGAGGAAGGACACCAAAGGAAGAACUUAUUACGUCAACCAUAACAACCGCACCACAACCUGGACUAGGCCAAUUUUGCAGUUGACUGAAGAUGGAGCCAGCACAUCAGCAGCAGCAGCAGCAGCAGCAUCAGGAGGAGCCUCGGCCCUGACACCCACAUCCACCCCCUCCUCCUCUUCCAGUGCCUCCAACAACCACCUCCAUGAGCCCCAAAUCCGACGACCCCGUAGCCUCAGCUCCCCUACUGUCACCCUUUCCACUCCCUUUGAGGGAGCCAACAAUAUUCAGGUACGGAGGGCUGUGAAGGACACAUUCUCAAAUCCCCAGUCUCCCCAGCCAUCCCCCUACAGCUCCCCCAAGUCUCAACACAAGGCACAGCAGAGCUUUCUGCCUCCAGGCUGGGAGAUGAGGAUAGCCCCCAAUGGACGGCCUUUCUUCAUCGACCAUAACAGCAGAGUAACCACCUGGGAGGAUCCCAGGUUGAAAUAUCCAGUCCAUAUGAGGAGUAAGAGCUCGAUGGAGCCUGGUGACCUUGGUCCUCUUCCUCCUGGAUGGGAGGAAAGAGUUCACACAGACGGACGCACUUUCUACAUUGACCACAAUACAAAGAACACUCAGUGGGAGGACCCUCGACUGCAGAGUCCAGCUAUCACAGGACCUGCUGUUCCCUACUCCAGAGAGUUCAAGCAGAAAUACGACUACUUCAGGAAGAAAUUAAAGAAACCUGCGGACAUCCCCAACCGAUUUGAAAUGAAACUGCACAGGAACAACAUAUUUGAAGAGUCGUACCGUCGCAUCAUGUCACUGAAGAGGCCUGACGUUCUGAAGGCGCGGUUGUGGAUUGAGUUUGAAUCAGAGAAAGGGUUGGACUACGGGGGUGUGGCCAGAGAGUGGUUCUUCCUGUUAUCUAAGGAGAUGUUCAACCCUUACUACGGCCUGUUUGAAUACUCUGCCACGGACAACUACACUCUCCAAAUUAAUCCCAACUCCGGCUUGUGCAAUGAAGAUCACCUCUCCUAUUUCAAAUUCAUUGGGCGUGUGGCAGGAAUGGCUGUGUUUCAUGGAAAACUACUAGAUGGGUUUUUCAUCCGACCAUUUUAUAAGAUGAUGCUGGGGAAACAGAUCUCUCUUAAAGACAUGGAGUCUGUGGACAGUGAAUACUACAACUCUCUUAAGUGGAUUCUGGAGAAUGAUCCCACUGAGCUGGACCUGAGGUUUUGUAUUGAUGAGGACAACUUUGGACAGACAUACCAGGUCGACCUGAAGCCCAGCGGCUCCGACAUGGUCGUCACUAACAACAACAAAAAGGAAUACAUAGACCUGGUCAUUCAGUGGAGGUUUGUUAAUCGGGUUCAGAAGCAGAUGAAUGCCUUCUUGGAGGGAUUCACUGAGCUCAUUCUCAUAGAUCUGAUCAAGAUCUUUGACGAAAACGAACUGGAGCUGCUCAUGUGUGGUCUUGGUGAUGUCGACGUCAACGACUGGAGACAACACAGUGUUUACAAGAACGGCUACUGUCCCAACCACCCGGUUAUACAGUGGUUCUGGAAGGUUGUCCUGUUGAUGGAUGCUGAAAAAAGAAUCCGACUACUCCAGUUUGUAACAGGAACUUCGCGAGUACCAAUGAAUGGCUUUGCAGAGCUUUAUGGUUCUAAUGGUCCUCAGCUGUUCACAAUUGAGCAGUGGGGAACACCAGAAAAGUUGCCAAGAGCUCACACAUGUUUCAACCGUUUAGAUCUGCCAACCUACGAAUCAUUUGAGGACCUGAGAGAGAAGCUCCUGAUGGCUGUGGAAAAUGCACAGGGCUUUGAAGGAGUCGACUAAAAUGGACUGAACUCAAGCAACCGUUUAUUCAAAAAAAAAAAAAAGAGAGAGACAAAAGCUACAGGGAUUUCAAACCAGCUGCUGCAGCAGUUCUGUACACGCAUGUUGUGCUGUUACAUCCGAUGAUGUGCUGAUCCACCAACACGGCACAGUGGUUUGAGACUGCACAGCAACUUGUCGAGCCAAUAUGCCUACGUCUUUAUAUCUUUUCAGUGUGGGUAGGUCACUCCUUAAAGGAGAUCGGGGAAAGAACUGACUCCUGGAAUCUGUCAUUGAUGGGCAUGAGUGAUGAAUGAUGAUGACGAGAGAGCUGCCCUCUGAUCUGCCAUUUCUUUUCCCCUUUACCCUUCUCCUAUGAAAAUCUACAGUGCUGGAAAACAUUAUUGCAUUUCAAAAGCUCCUUUACGUACACAUUAGCACAGUAUUCAAACACUCUUCAGCAGAAGGGUCUUAGCAUGGCCUUAAUCUGGCUCCUACAUGCACUAUUUCUCUAAGAAACUGUUAUAGCACUAUGAUCACAACUCUCUCUAAUCCUUAGACCAACACCAGAUUACCUUAGGAAUGCUUGCUAAUCACAGUUCAGGAAAUUGGCCACACAUACACACCCACACACCCACCCCUCUGUAGAGCCAUGUAUAUGUUGUGUGAUCAAAUCUUGCCGGUGAAGCCUUUUUGUAGAGUAAAUGUUUUUGUUUUUUCGUUUUCUAACCACUGGUAAAGAUUCAAGAGUCGAGGGUGACGAGACCCCUGAAAAUAGUUUUUAUAGUUUUUGUCAUCACCUUUUUUUAAUUGUUGCUAUAAUUCUUGCAGGAAGAUGCUCUCAAUGUAUUUGUACCACGAGAAACAACGUUGUUUACUAUCUUGGAAAUUCUCUAUGACAUUGUGUGAAGUGCAACUCCGGGCUAGUCUGGGAAUUGAUCAAUCCAUAUCAUUUGUUAUGGUGAUAGCAAAUGUGUUGACUAAACUGGUUUUUAUUGUAGUGCUAUGAAAGCAGCAUGAAAAUGUACCUUGUGUUUGCUCUCGAGUAAUAUGUCGGGGGAAGGGAAAAACAAACUGGGGAUAUAGUUUCAGUGAGACAUGAUUAUAUUAAUACUCUUAUGCUUGUUGCUGUUCAUAAUGCUGUAAAUCAUCCUUGGGGGAAAAAAAAACCCAUUUUAAGUUCUUUCGUGAUAUAUAUAUAUAUAUAUGUAUGUAUUACAUUUAACAGAAGUAUUACUGAUAAACAACUUUAAAAUGAAGCUGUGUGUACGUGGGAGUGAAAGCUGUGAUUGCUAACGAAUAUAAAGCAGCAUGUUUCUUACGAAGACUUUUUUUUAUUUUUUUUUUUCCUUUUCUUAAGUUUCCGUUUCUCUCCAUUUCUAACACCAUUGAACCUAAAGGGCACUUUAUAGAUCACUCUGAGAUCAUGUCAACUAUUAUAUGUCUUGUCAUUAACUUGAAUGUGAUUCUUGUUUUGUUUUUCUUUCAUUCAGAGCAUGUAUCUGGUGCAAUAUAGUCUGUAAAUCUGGGUUGCCGCUGAGGUGGAAAAAAGUUGUCAGGAGUGAAGCAAAGACUUGACAUCCUUUAGUAUUGUCUAUUUUAUCUCUUCUUCUAUCACUUUUUCUCUACUUACCCCUGCUUGUAUUCCUUCUCUCCUGUGAUCCCACCUCUCAAUCUGACUGUAAAGUUUUUCUUUUCUUUCUGUCUUCUUUAUAAGAAAAAAAUGUUUGUUUUUUUAAAUAAAUGACACAAGAUAACAAUUAUUAUUUCUUUUUAAAGAAAGGGGGGAGACAUCCCUCUUUUAGCAAGUCUGUGGUUCACUUAAAAAUCAAAUAAAAUGAAACUUCAUAGAUUUUUCUUUGACUUGAUUAACACUGGACUUGUAUGUUUACCCGUUAGAAUUAGAGACCCAAUUAGAAGUUGAAGCAUAAUUAAUAAAAGAAGAGUAAUGGUAA